AUGUCGAUACUGCUGCUGUUGCUCAUGGCACUAUCGAGCUGCAAAGCUUUCAAGCCCAUCUCAGACGCCCUGGAGCGUGCGCGGCAAAACCUUACGGCUUUUCAAAAGAAAUGGAUUGACCCAGACACGGAGGCGAAAUUUUACACUGCGUCAGUGCCCACUGGAACGUACAACUUUGGUGGCGAUCCUGCGCUAAAUAAUAAUUACACGCUCAUCUUCUCGGACGAAUUUAACAAUUCCAAACGCACGUUUGAAGCGGGUUUUGACUCGAAAUGGACAGCUGUGAACGUCCGUGAUACGAGUAACAUGGGGCAGCACUAUUUCUUGCCCCAAGCCGUGCAAAUUGAUAAGGGCAAUCUCAUUAUUACCACUUCCAAGCCCAAACAUCGCUACCGUGGCACCAAGUACGUCAGUGGCAGUGCACAGACGUGGAACAAGUUUUGUUACACUGGUGGUUAUAUUGAAGUACGAGCCAUCUUACCUGGCAAAUGGGGCGUCCCUGGGACUUGGCCAGCUAUCUGGAUCAUGGGGAACAUUGGCCGUGCUGCUUUCCUGGGCUCACAAGAUGAUACGUGGCCCUGGAGCUUUGACGUUUGUGCUCCGUACAUUGAAAAGAUUGAAAAGGUCAAGCAAAAGAUCAAUGCAUGCGGUAACCUCACAAACAAGCACGAUAAGAACUCGUACCCAGAGAGGUACGGGUUGAAUCCCUUUCAAGGUCGUGGUGCCACGGAAAUUGAUGUGAUUGAAGCCCAAAUUCGUGCUAAGGAUGAGCCGGCAUUCAUCUCGACGUCCUUGCAGAUCCGUCCGAGCCUGCUAGAUGAUAUGCGUCCCGGAUCUAUGAACCUACCGGGCCCUAAUCAAUGGUACCAAGGCCUCAAGUUCGGCGAGUUCACUCGCAUUAACAGCGACUACUACGGUGAGAUGGGUCUUGACUCCAUUUCUGCUCUGACGCAACUUGAAUCCAAUGCAUUCAACUCGUAUCACAUGUACCGCCUCGAUUGGUCACCUGGUCCAGAUGGAUACAUUCGUUGGUGGAUGGACAACUCUUUCUUGUUUGAGAUUCCUGGCUCCGCACUGAACAAGUGGGUGGAAGAUGUCCCUCCCCGCCAGAUCCCGGUGGAGCCCAGUUAUAUCAUUCUGAGUACGGCCGUUUCUGAGAAGUUCUCUCCACCGUGCUCUGGUCAGAUUUGCGACUCACUGUGGCCCUCAAACUUUACGAUCGACUAUGUGCGUGUCUACCAGGGCAACCCAAACCGGUACACGUCGGUAGGAUGCAAUCCGCAGGCAUAUCCGACGACGGAAUGGAUCUAUAAUAACCCAGUGAAUUACGGUCUCCCGUGGUAUGUUUCGCUGCGCGUGGACAUCGGCCUUCUGCAACUGUUCGCGGUAAUUAAUGCGUUUCUGGGUCUCUUCAUGGCAUUCCGCGGCUCGUCUCAUCCGAAAAUGAUGUCGGCUUACGCUAGCUCAUUGUGGCUCACUGCCUCGUUUUAUGGAGCUCUUAGUACCAGCACCCCCAAUGAUAUUUUGUGGGUCCAAACCGCGGUUGCCUGUCUGUGCGGAUUAGUGCUUGGUAGUCUAUGCUGUUUGGUAUACCCAAUUUCCCUGGGCGCGAUGCUUGGUCUGUAUGGAGGUGUCAUGAUUAGCCAAUUCGUGCCGUUACUGUCUUCGCGUGUGAUAACUGCAGUGCUGGUUUGUAUCGGGAUUGCGCUAGGCAUCUCGCCGCGGAUUGAUACCAAGCACAUUGUGGUCUUGUCGACUUCAUGGCUUGGCAGUUUGGCAUUUGUAUUGUCGGUGUCACUGUGGGUGAGCGAAGGUGAUAUUGCUGAGAAUGCGUGGGGACUCGCUGGCUUUGUCUUUAACGGAGAAAAACGCGACCACGUCGGCUUCUGCACCGAGCAUUGUCUCACGAUGUAUGGCUUGCUUCUCAUCCUUAGUGCAGUUGCCACAGCCUAUGCAUACUAUUGUAUGCGUGGUGUGCUGCUGCGCAACAACACGAUCAAAGCGCGCAAGGCUAAAUUUCCACCAGUGUCUGCGAGCUCAGAUGCUCGAUCUUGGAGGCCUAAUGGUGACGAUGUGUCCGGGGUGGAGAAGAACGUGGUGAACUUCUUUUCUCCGUCGAAAUUACCGCGCAACAUGCAGCAGUUCAGUACCAUCUUCCGCAUAGCUGUGAACGUGCAACGCUCAUUUGGUUUCCAGUUGGAUAACUUCCGUAACCAGACGGAGCACAUCGUGGUACUUCUUACGAAUAAUACCCGUAAUAGUGGAAACCCAUAUCGGAAGCUGCAUGGUUUUGUAUUUUCCAACUACGAUAAGUGGUGCUCAAAACUUAUGAUUCAGCCUCUUCACUGGAAUGAGCAACGGUCCCCUCAAGGUGGUCUCACAAGUGUGGACGAGAUUUCGGUGGACUUGUGCUUGUUUUUCUUUAUUUGGGGUGAGGCGAGCAAUUUGCGUCACUCGCCAGAGUAUUUGUGCUUCCUGUUUCACAAAAUGAAGGAGGAGUUCCCGUCGGUCCGUCACUCUGAGCGUGAAGCCGGACACUUUUUGGACACGGUGGUGACGCCUGUGUAUGGUUUGCUGAAGUCCGAAAUGACGUCCAACUACGACCACGAGGAUCGACACAACUACGAUGACUUCAACGAAUUAUUUUGGUCGAAGGAGUGCCUGAAGUAUGACUACAAGCACGAGGAGGUUAUCGACAUGACAUCGCCAAGCCCCGCCAGGAUUUUCCAGCAGCAGAAACAGAAACGCGAGGGUCUGAGUGGUUUCAGCGGCCAGCAGGGGCUCAAUAAUCGUGCAAAGAGCACGACCUAUCUUAACAAGCGCAAAAGCAUCGCUGAGGGAUUUACGGAGUCUGCAAAGACAUUUGUGGAGAAGCGAACGUGGCUGAUUCCAUUGCGCGCGUUCAACCGUAUCUUCAACUUCCACGUGAUAUCGUUCCACUUCUUGGUAGUGCUUGCGUUUGCAAAUGAGCAAGAAAUGAGCUUCACGGACGCUUGCAAGAUUGUCUCGAGUACUUUGAUUACACCCUUUAUGCUGGACCUUCUUCGUGAUGGCCUCGAUAUUUUUGCGGUGUAUCAUGUGCACCAAAAUACAUUUUCGUCAGCGCUUAGUGUCGUGAAGUUGCUUCUGCAUCUGGCGCUUGUGGUGGUGUCUUCGAUGCUGUACUGGUACGCUUGGGUUUACGGCGGUCCAUGGUGGCAGUCAUACUAUGUGGUUGUGGUGCUUUUGCAUGCUCCAGGUUUGCUCAACUGUAUCAUGCAGGUCAUGCCAGGUCUUACGAAUUGGACGCGGCACACAAAGUUCGUCCCCGUCGCAUUCAUUCGUGACAUUGUAAGCCCCAUGGACCGCUUGUACGUUGGUGAUAACGUUUUGGACCCGGCAUCUAUGAGUGUGGGAUACCAGCUUUUCUGGGUAUCACUGCUGUCUUGGAAGUUGUACUUCAGCUACAAGUUUGAGAUUUAUCCGCUAGUGGUGCCAAGUUUCUUGCUCUACGCCGAUCACAUGGAGAACAAAGUGAGCAUGAUCACAACAAUGGUACUCAUCUUCAUAAACUGGAUACCGUUCUUCUUGGUCUUCUGCGUGGAUAUCACGAUUUGGAAUUCGAUCUGGAUGGCCUUCGCGGGCACCUUUGUGGGUUUCUCGUCACAUAUAGGAGAGAUCCGCAACUUCAGCCGCGUCCGUUCAGCGUUCAGCCGUGCGGUGGAUGCGUUCAACGCCAAGGUAAUUUCCUGCAACUCGCAGACUGGGCUUCAAAUUUCUGAAAGCACCGCAAUGUCGUAUGGUUCUACAGCCGUCGGUCAUGAGGUGCUCGAUCGCGUUGCGGGAGGCGCGGAUCCGACAUCCCAAAUUUUGUCUCAGCGACGCACUUCUCCGCAUGAUGACGAGACCCCUCUGCUAUCUUUUUCGCGCCGCAAACAGACGACUCUGGAGCGGCAAGCGGCGCGUCGGCGCAAGUGGUUCUCGUUUUCUGUCGUGUGGGACACGAUCAUUGAUAGUAUGCGUGCAGACGAUUUAAUUUCAAACAAGGAGAAGGCGCUGCUUCACUUCCACCGUCUUGAUGGGUAUCAGCGAGAGAUCUACCUGCCGCAGUUCCAGUUGGCUGGUUGUUUCGAAACCUUCACGUCUACUAUUCUUGACGUGUACUCGUCUAAUGACAGUAAUGUAUCGGAGCGUGUGCUGCAAGACAAGUUGCUGGAAAUUCUCAGCGAAUGCCCGAUGGUGGAAGAGUCGUUAGAAGAAAUCUGGGAACUGACUAACUGGGUACUUAUCAAUUUACUUGGCCCAUGUCACGCCAAUGAUGUGAAGUAUAUCACGAGUGUGCUCAAUUCCUGGGCAACACGUGGUGUAUUCCGUGCACUGAAUCUGCAAAAAGUGGCUUCAUGUGGUCGCGCUUUAGCAGGCUUAGUGUCUCUACUGAAGUCAAAUGCCCGUACGUGGAAGAACAACGCUAAUGUUAUUCCAGUGCGGAAAGACCCUUCCGAUUACUUGUCAUACGAGUUUCCGCAGCAGUCGAGUUCGUACCGCCCAGCAUCAUCCGGGCUUACAAAAUCUGCAAGCACUACAGGCCUGUCGUCCCUGGGCCUCGAACCUCCUCGUCGUAGUCGUGGUUCUGGCGUUGCUCGCAUUGCACGCAUGCAACAGCAGACACACAAGCCAGCUGUCACCAACGGCAAGCCUGCGCACUCUAUUCCGAGUGCUCACAUUAUGCAAAUUCGUGAGCGUGUACGUACAUUCCUGAACCUAGGGAAGGAGAUUCUGGCUCAUGUCAACGAACAAGACCCGGUGUAUGCUGAUAGCAAGGGCAUUUCAGACCGUCUUACAUGGAUUCUGACGCAAGAACGUGGUUUCAUGUGGGACGACAAUUACACGGGCGAGCAAAUUACACUUACUGUAUUUGAAACUCACGCAGAUGUGGUGCUGUCGCACCUGCACGGACUCCUCACCUUGCAAAAGAUCGACGCUGAACCCCAGUCAUUUGAUGCGCGUCGCCGUUUGCUGUUCUUUGUGAAUUCGCUGUUUAUGGAUAUGCCACUGGCCCCAUUGCUCGAAGAGAUGAAGUCAUGGAGUGUCAUGACCCCGUUCUAUGCUGAAGAUGUUUUGUAUUCCAGAAAGGAUCUUGAAAGCAAACAAGAUGGUCUCGAUGUACACACGCUGCUAUUUCUUCAGACACUUUACAAGCGCGACUGGGCAAACUUUGUGGAGCGCGUGAAGCCCAAGAAGAAUAUUUGGAAGAAUCCGGACACAGCCAUUGAAUUGCGUAUGUGGGCAUCACUCCGUGGUCAGACACUCUCGCGUACGGUACAAGGUAUGAUGUAUGGCGAAGCAGCCAUACGUUUGCUUGCAGAGAUUGAGCAAGUUCCGCAACAGAAGCUUGAAGACUUGAUUAACACCAAGUUCACGUACGUCGUUGCAUGCCAAAUUUAUGGCCGCCAAAAGAAGAACAAUGAUCCUAAGGCGAGUGACAUCGAGUUUUUGCUGCAUCGCUUCCCAAAUCUCCGUGUGGCGUACAUUGAUGAGGUCCGCGUGAAUUAUCAAAAGGAGCAGUCAUACUUUUCGGUGCUCAUCAGGGGUGGUGACGCUCUUGGUUCGGUGCAUGAAAUCUACCGGGUACGGCUACCAGGCAACCCAAUCUUGGGCGAGGGUAAGCCUGAGAACCAAAACGCAGCCAUCGUGUUUACGCGCGGUGAGAACCUGCAGACGAUCGAUAUGAAUCAGGAUGGGUAUCUUGAGGAAGGACUGAAGAUGCGAAACUUGCUUGAAGAGUUUGAUAAAGGUACGGAUGACCGGCCUUAUACAAUCGUGGGAAUUCCAGAGCAUAUUUUUACAGGCAGCGUGAGCUCGCUGGCCAACUACAUGGCGCUGCAGGAGACAUCAUUUGUGACGUUGAGCCAGCGUACAUUGGCGCGCCCGUUGCGUAUGCGUUUGCACUACGGUCACCCUGACGUGUUCAACAAACUUUUCUUCAUGACGCGUGGUGGCAUUAGCAAGGCCAACAAAGGCAUCAAUCUCAGUGAAGAUAUAUUCGCCGGCUACAACAACUGCAUGCGUGGCGGAUGUGUGACCUUCCCGGAGUACACGAAGUGCGGCAAGGGACGUGAUGUUGGUAUGCAGCAGAUUUAUAAGUUCGAGGCCAAGUUGGCUCAAGGGGCUGCCGAGCAGUCGUUGUCGCGUGAUGUUUAUCGAAUUAGCCAACGCCUUGACUUCUUCAAACUGCUAUCAUUCUAUUACAAUCACGUGGGCUUCUACUUGUCGACGUCGGUCGUCAUCUGGACGGUUUAUUUCUUGGUCUACUGCAAUCUACUACGCUCGUUGCUUUCGUUGGAAGGUGUUGGAGGCCGCGAACCGGUGCUGCUGAGCACUUUGCAGGUGAUGCUGGGCUCAGUUGCUUUCUUCACAACGGCACCGCUGCUGGCGACGAUUUCAGUUGAACGCGGUUUCAAGGCCGCAUUAAACGAGAUUAUCGUCCUGUUCGUGACUGGUGGGCCGAUCUACUUUUUGUUCCACAUAGGCACGAAAUGGUUCUACUUUGGUCAGACGAUUCUUGCUGGUGGUGCGAAAUACCGCGCGACGGGCCGUGGUUUUGUGACAAAGCACUCGUCUUUCGAUGAGCUUUAUCGGUUCUACGCGAGCAGCCACCUCUACGCUGCAGUUGAAAUUGCCGUCGGCCUUACUGUUUACUUCAUUUUCACGAUUGGCCACCAAUACUUUGCAAUGACGUGGUCGCUGUGGCUUGUGUUUGUGUCAUGGUACUGGUCACCUUUCUGGUUCAACCCUCUGUCGUUCGAGUGGUCCGAUGUAAUGGAAGACUUCCGCUUGUGGUUCAAGUGGAUGCGUGGCGAUGGCGGCAACCCGAAUCAAUCAUGGGAGGCAUGGUUCAAAGAGGAGAAUGCUUACUUCUUAACCCUGCGCCCAUGGGCCAAGGCGUGCGUUACGAUGAAAGGCGGAUUGUUCGCGUUCAUCGCGCUCUCCAUAUCCUCAACGAGCGAUGAGUACCACUCGAUCCUGACGCAAGCAACAUGGCUUCCGUUAGCUAUUUGCUGUUUGAUGGCUGCUGUAUACCUAAGUGCUGAAGCAAUCUUCGUGACCUCGUCUCGCUCCAACGGCGAGAGUGGUCUUGUUCGCUUCCUGAAGCUCGUUUUGAUGCUUGUGCUGGUCUCAAGUCUCAUUGUCGCGUUUGUCUAUGUGGAUGGCAUGUGGCAGUGCUUGCUGAGCAUGGGAUAUCUUGCGGCGGCUGUGGGCUGCUGGGCGCUUCUUUUCGUUGGCACCAACUCGCGCUUUGUUGGUAGUCUUUACUUCGUGCACGAUGCCGUGUUGGGUCUGGUGUCGUUGACUCUGGUCAUGUUACUAGCAGCGUUUUAUGUUCCUGGAAAGAUUCAGACGUGGCUGCUUUACAACAACGCUUUGAGUCGUGGUGUAGUGAUUGAGGAUAUCCUUCGAUCUAGCUCGAGCAAUGACGACCGCGAUGAUGAUUUGUCGGUGCAGCAGAUGCGCUCCAUCAUCAUUGAACAGCAACGGUUCAUUAACGUGUUGACUACCAGUGGCAGUGAUCCGGACAUUCGUGGUGCUGGUCCUGGAAAGAAGGGAGACCUCACGCACACAAUGAGCGAUAACACGCUCAACGCGGUGCUGAGGAACAUGUCGGAAUCGGAGUUGAGUGCACUGCAGGAUUCUUCGAGCCGUCUGCAGGCUAUUAUGUCCGCGGAAGAACGCAAGGCCGCGGCACGCAAACAACAGGAGGAAGAGCAAAGACGCGCACAUGGAGGGAUGAAUCCAUCACUAUCGCUCACGCGCCGAGCGUAUUCCACGAACGAUUUUUCUGCUAUUCCGGGGAAUGCAUCUCCCUUCAAUCUUGUGACGCAGGACAACUCAACUGCGCCUAAUGGUGGCCCCCCGAUCGAUAACGGGCACGUGAAGACGCGUAAGUAG